AUGGAUAUCGAGAGCGGAUCCUGCGCCAAUACCGUGAAGAGGGAGUCUUGGAGGACGGUCUUGACGCUCGCCUACCAGAGCCUCGGCGUGGUCUACGGGGACCUGAGCACUUCGCCGCUGUACGUCUACAGGAACACCUUCGCCGACGACAUCGAUCACUCGGAGAGCAACGAGGAGAUCUACGGCGUGCUCUCCUUUGUCUUCUGGACCCUCACCUUGGUGCCCCUCCUCAAAUAUGUCUUCAUAGUCCUCAGAGCUGAUGACGAUGGGGAGGGCGGCACCUUCGCCCUCUACUCCCUCCUCUGCCACCGCGCCGGCAUUGGUUUCCUCCCCAGCGGGCAGCUCGCCGACGAGGAGCUGUCGGCAUAUAAGAAGAGGGACGGCCACAUGCACGUUCCCUCAGGCGAUGCCGUCUGCGGUGGCGUCACGGCUGCGGACAGGUUGAAGAGGAUGCUGGAGAAGCAUCAGGUGCUGCAGCGCUUGCUGAUGAUCCUCGCGCUGCUCGGGGCUUCUAUGGUUAUUGGGGAUGGAGUCCUCACACCUGCGAUUUCUGUUUUCUCGGCAGUCUCCGGGCUUGAGCUUUCCAUGUCCAAGGAACAUCAUCAAUAUGUUGAGGUUCCUGUUACAUGUCUCAUAUUGGUCUUCUUGUUUGCUCUGCAACAUUAUGGUACUCAGAGGGUAGGAUUCCUGUUCGCACCGAUUGUUAUAACCUGGCUCUUCUGCAUAAGCAUCAUUGGUGUUUAUAAUAUUUUCUAUUGGAAUCCACAUGUAUAUCAAGCCCUCUCUCCCUACUACAUGUACAAUUUUUUGAAGAAGACCCAAAGACGUGGUUGGAUGUCAUUAGGUGGAAUCCUAUUAUGCAUUACAGGCUCUGAAGCUAUGUAUGCAGAUUUGGGACAUUUCUCACAAUUAUCAAUAAAGAUUGCUUUCAUUUCUGUGGUUUAUCCAUCCUUGCUCCUAGCAUAUAUGGGACAAGCUGCUUAUCUCUCUCAGCAUCAUAUUAUGGAAAGCCGCUAUUGGAUUGGAUUCUAUGUUUCUGUUCCAGAGCGAAUCAGGUGGCCUCUUCUGGCAAUAGCCAUACUUGCAGCUGUGGUAGGAAGCCAAGCAGUUAUUACAGGUACUUUCUCGAUCAUUAAACAAUGUUCGGCCUUGGGCUACUUCCCUCGGGUGAAGAUAGUCCACACAUCCUCCGAAGUCCAUGGGCAAAUAUACAUCCCAGAGAUCAACUGGAUCUUGAUGAUAUUGUGCUUGGCUGUUACUAUUGGCUUUCGAGACACAAAACACAUGGGUAAUGCAUCAGGGUUGGCAGUCAUUACCGUUAUGCUGGUCACCACCUGCUUGAUGUCCCUGGUGAUUGUACUGUGUUGGCACAAGAGCAUCUUCCUAUCUGUAUGCUUUAUUCUUUUCUUUGGGAUGAUUGAGGCACUCUAUUUCUCAGCCUCUCUCAUCAAAUUCCUCGAAGGAGCUUGGGUCCCUAUUACCCUUUCCUUCAUCCUUAUGAUCAUCAUGUAUGUAUGGCAUUAUGGCACCCUCAAGAAAUAUGAGUUUGAAGUCCAAAACAAGGUCUCCCUCAAUUGGCUUCUCAGCCUCGGCCCUCAUAUUGGGAUUGUUCGUGUGCGAGGCAUUGGCCUCAUACACACCGAUCUCGUAUCAGGGAUACCUGCCGUCUUCUCCCACUUUGUCACCAACCUACCUGCUUUCCACCAGGUUCUUGUCUUCCUCUGUAUCAAGUCAGUCCCAGUGCCAUAUGUCAAACCCGAGGAACGAUUCCUUGUAGGCCGCAUUGGCCCGAAAGAGUUCAGGCUCUAUAGGGUCAUUGCCCGGUAUGGAUACCAUGAUAUGCACAAGGAUGAUCUGGAAUUUGAGAAGGACCUAGUUUGCGGCCUUGCUGAGUUCAUGCAGACGGAGCAUUCCGAGCACAAUGGUUUCAUGGAUGAAACCAAGAAGUGCGAUGAGAAGAUGACAGUUGUUGGAAAAGGAUUUCGGUUAUGCGAGCAGGAUGGUGAACCAGAGGAAGCUCCUGGCCCAUCAAACUCAAGGGAGAUACAGUCCCCGGUGAUGCUACCAAAGAAAAGAGUGAGGUUUGUGUUGCCCAAGAGCCCGCAGCUAGACAGAGGAGUGAGGGAAGAGUUGCACGAGCUAACGGAGGCAAGGGAAGCCGGCAUGGCCUUCAUACUUGGGCAUUCACACAUGAAAGCGAAGAGUGGAUCUGGUCUUAUAAAGAGGUUAGUGAUCAAUUUUGGGUAUGAAUUCUUGAGGAGGAACUGCAGGGGUCCUGCCUAUGGUUUUAACAUCCCCCAUGCUUCUACUCUUGAGGUGGGGAUGGUCUACCAUGUUUGAGCUUCCAUUGCAGUUGUACAUUCUGAAUUUUCCUGUGUGCAUUGUAACUUACGGGCUUAGCUUCUCAUAUCAUGAUGGUGGACCCAUGAAGGAGAAGUCGCUGCCGCUGACCAACCGAGAAGAGAUUACAGCUGCCAUUUUUGGAAAAAUGCCUUGUGUAUAUUUAGAUUUUUUUUCUUUCAAAAACCAAGAGACUGCAAUGCUGACAGAGUUGGUAGAGAUGAUUAACUAAAAGAAUGAAGUUGUUGUUUGGUGUAAUGUCAAAUAAUGGAAUCAGUUUUGAGACAGACAAGUCUUGAAGCAACCUCAUCUACUUCCUGUGCAAUUGUUGUGACUGCACUUGGCUAUUCAGAAUUGGCUGUAUCAAAUCCUUCCGGUACAAUUGAGAGCAUAAUGCAUGUCAUUUUGUUU